UCCGGCAAGAGCCGCCGCCUACGCCGAGUAGACCAGCAGAGCGCACGCGCGGGAGCAUAAGGACCUCGCGCUCGAACGUUCCUUUUUCUUCCCGCCCCCGUUUCAACGGCCGCCUCCGCUCUCUCUCAACUGAGCAGGAGGGAGCGGGAGCACGCGCACCCCCCUCCUCCCAACCCUUCCCAGGGAAGGGAGGCGGGCCUGCUGAGUAACCUCCGUCUCUCUGGUUCCAAUCGGGUUCCUGUGCCGCUCCUUUCCCCACCUCCCGGCCGCCCGCCCCGUCAGUGUCUGACUGGCCGACGCGAGAGGGGAGCCCAGUGUAUGUGCGGCAACACCAUGUCUGCUCCGCUCCCAGCCAUUGUCCCGGCCGCCAAGAAGGCCACCGCCGCGGUCAUAUUUCUCCAUGGAUUAGGAGAUACUGGGCAUGGCUGGGCAGAAGCAUUUGCUGGUAUUAGGAGUCCACACGUAAAGUAUAUUUGUCCACAUGCGCCCGUCAUGCCAGUUUCUCUCAACAUGAAUAUGGCCAUGCCUUCCUGGUUCGAUAUUUUUGGACUUGCUCCAGAUUCACAGGAAGAUGAAGCUGGAAUCAAACAAGCAUCAGAAAAUGUGAACACACUUAUAGAACAAGAAGUAAGGAAUGGAAUACCCUCAAACAGAAUAAUUUUGGGAGGAUUUUCUCAGGGAGGAGCUUUAUCUUUAUACACUGCCCUCACAACGCAACAGAAGUUAGGGGGUGUUGUAGCACUCAGCUGUUGGCUUCCACUGCGGACUUCAUUUCCACAGGGUUCCAUCAAUUGCAUCAACAAAGACAUUUCUAUUCUCCAGUGCCAUGGUGAUCGUGAUCCUUUGGUUCCUUUAAUGUUUGGAAGUGUGACUUCUGAAACACUAAAGAAAAUGUUAAACCCUGGCAACAUAACUUUCAAAAUGUACUCAGGCAUGAUGCAUAGCUCAUGUAUUGAGGAAAUGAUGGAUGUGAAGCAAUUUAUUGACGAGCACCUACCUCCAAUUGACUGAAAUAUAUGAGAAGCCUUUGGUUAAAUACACCAGCAUCAUCUGUACUAGAUUUUUUUUCAUGUAGCUAUUUCUAAAGCAUCUCUGUGCCUACAGUAUUAACUGUAUUGCAAAGAUUAGAAACUAUAACUUCAUGAGAAACAAUAUUCCUUUUAAAUCCCAUUGGCCAUAACAUAGAUAUAUGGCAGUGGAAAGGCAUGUUGGAAUAUAAUUAGGUAUUCUCUUCCUUGCUAGAUCAUUCCAAAUCUAAAGUUAUGGAGCCCUUUUAUAAUUCAGAGCAAGAUUUUCCCCCAAAUCCUGUUAUAUUACUACUUGCUAAAUUGACACUUCUAUAUGCAGUAUAUAAAACUAAGCAUGCAGUGGUAGAACGAGUAUUCUUAACAUUCACAUUUAACCAAUAUUAUUGCAUGUUCAAGGUAAGACUCAAGUCUUUAAAUUAUCCCUACACCUUGGAGGAAUGCAGUGUUUUAUCUUAAAUGUGCACCCUGCUACUUAGAAUCUUAAAAAAAGUAUUUAUCUUUAUAACAAAUGUUUCUCAUUCAGCUGUCCUUACUGAGAUAAAUUUAGACAUAGAUGUCACUAAAUUAUACAUAGAAUAUAACAAAAGUCAUUAGAAAUUUUAAUAUAUUGCAAAAAUUGAGCUUUCAAAAGCUCUUUUAAGUAGCUAACUUCUUAAAAAUCAAAAUCAGAAAAUAUAUUGUAUGUAUUAGUCUUAACUUGUUCUGCUUCAAAAAAAUCAAAAAUGAAAUCAAGGUUGUUGUUUAAAGCAUUGCACAAUCAACUGACAAGAGACGAGGAGGAGUGCAUACAAAGAAUAUUUUAUUUUAAAGCUGAAAAAGAUCACUGUGUGAAAAUUUGAUUGAGCUGUUCUAAAUCUACCACAGCUCAGCAGAAAUGUAAUGUUUGGUUGUUCAAAACGAAAUCUAGAGGGAUACCAGGGUAGUUUUUUUUGGAGAAAGUUAGGAUAAGACUGGUGCACAUUAUUUUCUCUUAAGCAAGGCAUAUGCAUUGCUGCCAUCUCCUUGCUCUUCCCCUGGCCUGCCUUCAACCACUACCGCUGAUAUUCAGCAUGGCAUAUCACACUGCCUGUCUGUUCCACCCACCCUACAGAGGAUUUUUCUAGCAUUUGCUUUCUCUCCCCAGUUGCGACUGAUAUCCAGUAUGCCAUCACCAAGGCAACCCUUCAGCCUUGGCUUUUUUCUGUUGUUUCCUCCACCACUGAAUAACAAAGCAUGGUUUAGUUUGGUGCGGAGCACCACAAACUAGCUGUUCUGGAACAGUUUGUGCAAGCAACAUUUUCAAUGUCCCUGGACCAGGUCAUUCAGAAAUAAGAUACUUCACCUUUGUCAUGACAAAUUUUCCAUCUAAAUUCUUAAGACUUGAAAUUUUAUUUCAGAUAAAUACACGUUCCUGCAGAAGUUCCAGGUUUUGUACAUAUAAACAGCUAAUUCUAUACAUACAUGUUACUUCUAUAUGUAUUUUGUGUACAUAUAGAAAUAAAAAAAAUCCAUAAUUCUAUAGCAUAAUUGUAAGAAUCCUUUAGAAAUAGUGUACAAGUUUUGUGGUCAAUAUUGUAUGUGUGGGGAAAAAACUGGAUAUGUUCUUUCUCUUUCAGGCCAUUUACCAUAUCCCAAUAUUUUGCUGAUUUUUUUAGCAUCACAUUGCUACUAUGUAUGGUGAAAUGGCAUCUUCUGAAAUUUCUUCUAUUCAUUAAUGUGAUUUUAUUUAAGAGGAGACACGGAACCUAAUGGAAUCACUCAUAUCUGCAGCUUGUAAGCACUAAAAUAUAGAAUUAAAAAUGUAAUUGCAGUUACAUGUUGGUGGAGUAAAUCAUGGCCUUUAGCACUUUUGUGUAUGUUCUGGCAUGUUUCUUGAUACUUGCUGGGCUUUAGAUAAUUAAACUGAGAGCAAUCUAUAUACCAGCAGAAAGAACUGGCAAGAAAGCUGUGUUUGGAAUACAUAACUUCAAAUUGUAAAUUGUUUUCUUGUGUGUAUUGCCAAUAUCAUGGAGGUUUAAUUGGGCUUACUCUUUAUUUAGUUAUAUGAUGGAAUUUGGAAAGCAAGGAAACCUAAGUUUGUUUCCUAUUGCAUCCUGAAACAAUAUUUUAAAAUGCAGAUUGUGGAUUCUAAUGAACUGAAUUUGGCUCUUGAAAGAAGUAAAUGUUUCUGUACUGAAAGCAUCUCUGAACUAUUUUAAUUAUAGGAAUCUCUGCGAGAGUUUGUGUACAUAGGACUUGAAUAUGGGAACAGUGAUUUUAUCAGUUUAUUUUGUUUUUAUUAGAGACUAGUUAUUUACAUGCUCCAAGAAGAAAGCAUUUUGACAGUAUUCAGAGAUUUUUUAUAAGCGAUAAACAUGCAAGAUUUUCGAACAUUGGCUUAACAGAAAGUAGUCUGUUAAAAUGUUUAUUAUGUAAUGGUAACUGCUUCAGUUCUUAUCUUAAACAUAAGAAAUGCAAAACAAACCAAAACUUUGAUUAAUCUCAUUUUUUAAUUUAAAAAACUUUAUGUGGAACUACUGACAUCAAAAUAUAGUAGCCCCCAAAUAAUGUUCAGUUUACUUUGGAAUCUGACAUACAAUACUUUGCUGAACAAUCAAACUUUAGAGUAUUGAGUAUUAAAUUGUUCUUAAUUGGAAUGUUUUAAUAAAAUUGCCAGUCUUUAUUGUAUUAUAUCAUACCUUAAAUGCUGUGACAAUUGAGGCAAAUCUAAUAAAUUCAUCAGGAUUUUUAUCCUGAUAUGGUUAGUUUUUAAGUUUAUCUUGAAAUAUAGUGUUCAUUGCAGUGAAUGAAUUGCUGAAGGCAUACUCUAACAUGAAUUUCUGGUAUGUUAAUUGAAUGUUUGCCUUAGGAAGUGUAUUGCACUUCAGUAAAUUCUAAAUGCAUUUUUUAAAUAAAUAGGUGCUAUUGACUCAAAUAUUGUUUCCAGAAAGUAUGUAUAGGAUGUAAAUGAAGCCAUAUGUUCAGGCUGGAGUAUUUUAUAAACAAUUUGGCUUUUCUUUAUCUUAUAUUUUAGGAGGUUCAUAGCUAAGAUAACACUUUGAUUUUAUACUAUGUUUAUGGCAAGAAAUCUUCUACUGAAACAUCUUAGAUGGAAAUUGUAAUAUGUUACUGUGAAUAAAUUCUGAACAAUCAAUGAAUGAAACAA